CACAACUGUCAAAAGUGAAAAAUGCCACUGUGUUGUUUUUGCUUUCCCGUGGAAAUGCUGCUCUGAUUUUAUUCAAUUCUUGGUGGUAAUUUUAGCUUGAAAGUGGAAAAUUUCCUACCGAAACUGUGUAACGAUGUCCGUUUGAUCGGUUGUCGGUGAAAUUUCCACCGCGGAAGCGUUUUCCAGUUGGAAAAAGAACAUUUUCUGCGCCAGUGCUACGGUGUUUCCCCUUCUCCCCCCGUGGUAAACGUAGAGAAGAGUGGAGCGCUCCUGAACUCAUUAAAGUUUUUUAGUUAAUUGCAAUCUAAUUCCUAUUCGGGAAGGUUGCGAAAGCAAGGUUUGAAUAAUGACUCCGCAACCGCUCGAGCAGGGAGGAGCUGUCGCCAGCUUCAUCCCGACCGGGCAGGAAAUGGCGCAGCGGCAGAAUCUGAUCCCACUCGGGAGAUUAAUCGAUUUUAUCAUUCAGCGGACGUACCAUGAGCUAACGGUACUGGCGGAACUCUUACCCCGGAAGACGGAUAUGGAACGUAAGAUCGAAAUCUACAACUUUUCGGCCAGCACCCGGCAGCUCUUUAUUCGUCUGCUAGCGCUGGUUAAGUGGGCGAACUCCGCAUCCAAAGUGGAUAAAUCGGCCAAGAUUAUGGCCUUUCUGGACAAGCAAUCCCUUCUGUUCAUGGACACGGCGGACAUGCUGUCGCGGAUGGCUCGUGAAACGCUAGUCAACGCUAGGCUUCCGAACUUUCACAUUCCGGCAGCGGUGGAAAUUCUCACCACCGGGACCUACUCCCGGCUACCGUCGAUCAUUAGGGAGCGGAUCGUUCCACCGGAUCCGAUAACUUUGGUUGAGAAGCGUCAAACACUGCAGCGUUUGAAUCAGGUUAUUCAGCAUCGACUAGUGACCGGAAAUUUGCUCCCUCAGCUGAGAAAGUUCAAGAUUGAAAAUGGUAGAGUCACCUUCAAAGUGGAUCACGAAUUUGAGGUUUCGCUGACGGUCAUGGGUGAUGGGCCGAACAUCCCGUGGCGUCUGUUGGAUAUUGAUGUUUUGGUGGAAGAUAAGGAGACGGGAGAUGGUAAAGCUUUGGUUCAUACACUGCAGAUUAACUACAUUCAUCAGUUGAUCCAGGGACGGAUUGUCGACAGUCCGGAUGCACUGGCAGAGGUCUACAAUUGCCUGCAUUAUUUCUGUCAAUCGCUGCAGCUAGAAGUGCUGUAUACGCAAACUCUUCGCUUGAUGCGUGACCGGCUGGAUGAUCACAUUCAAGUUGAUGAGUACAUUCCGGGCACAAAACUGACAGUAUCCUACUGGCGCGAGUUGACCAACAAGGACCCCAAAUCGGUACUCGGUUAUAGGUUGAUGAUUCAAACGGAUUUAAAUGAUUCCACCAAGCAGCUGGCUAUUUUGCAUAUUCCGUCGAUUGGGACCAAAGAGGUGGACAUCGCUGACCGUGCAGUGCGUUCCGAGUUGCUAUCGAUGGAACGGCUCCUUGUUCACACGGUCUACGUUAGAUCACUGGCCCGUUUGGGUGAUCUGAAAACCGAACUUCAGCUGUUCCUCAAGGAUGUGGAUUACAAUAUCCAAGGCACUCCUGCUAUGUUGACGGUUCCCGUGCUGAAUCCAUGCCUUCGGGCCGAACAGAUCUACAUCACCGUUGACACACAUACGGGAAUGCUCCGUUGUCACGUUCCCAAGCACUUGGACUGUCCAAUCAUGCCGGAAAUGCAGCAAGCGUUGAACAACAAUCGCAGCAAGCUGCAGCAUCUAUUUUCGGAACUGCGCUAUUGGAUCACCCAGCGCAGAUGCGAAAAGACCCUUCAGCACUUACCCGCGACAACACAGGAACGGCUGCCGUUGGUUUUCCCCCCGGAUCAUCCCAUUGAAAAAAUCGGACCGCAUAGGGUCUACAUCCAGAUGUGCCGCCAUUCGAAUGUCAUUUUGAUCGUCGAACUUAAAGAGCAGAAAUCCAGUCCCAACGAGAUGACCUACACUUUCUAUCUUGUUCUGGUGAAGCCGUCCUCGGUGGAAGACAGCCAAGCUCAAGAUCAGGAUCAGUCACAGACAACCGGUGCCUCGUCCAGUCAGUCGGGACCGGGUUCUGUGCCACCGGGAGGCCCACCAAGCGUCUCAAGUGUUACAGCCGGAGGAACUACCCAGUCCUCAUCGGCGGCCGGCGGAGCUCCCGAAAACGAUGGAAUGCCAAAAAUGUACCUCAAAGUUCAGGCUCUGAUCGAAUUUGACACCUUUGUUGCAACUCACGGCCCCGGAACAUACGUAGAGGAACAAUCGCUCGGAUGCAAGCGCAAACUAUUCCCCGGGGAAGGCCCUUCCGCGAAGCAAUCGAAAAUCAUCUACCCGGCUUACUUCAUUCCGGAGCUGGCGCAUGUCGUGGCCAUGUGUGACGAGAAGCUACCGUUCGUAGCCCUCGCCAAGGAACUUACUCGCCGCAAGAUUCCACACGGUGGCGUCCAAGUGGAAGCCAAUGCAACUUCUUUGGUACUGAAGUUGCUGACAUUGCCGCAACCUAAACCCCCGGUGAUUCCGGUUUCCAGCACUGCAGCGGCAGCAGCAGCAGCCACAGCAGCUCAAUCGGGUCCAGAUCAAAAACCACCCGAGCCGAAGGUGGUUAGUGUUCCUAAGAUUGAGAAGGACGUCUGGAAUGCACUGCUGAAACGGCUUCUCUCUGUGUCGGUCCGUGCUCAGAUCAACAAGAGCACUCAGACUCGGCUGUGGACCACAGAACUGGUGUUCUACGGAACGCCCCUAUCCAGCACUCAUCACAAGGAGCAGGGAAUGCGGCGGGCAGUUUAUUUGACUUACGAUAUGCUUCCCGUUGAUUCGGUGGAUAAGAUCGUCGAUAUGAUAUUGAAUGAUUGGUCCAAGAUAGUCUACCUGUACACGCUGGUGCACGACUUCCGUGAGCAAAUCAAGAAUGACAAGUACAACCUGCACAACAUCGUCACCAUCAAGUCGUAUAGCUAUACGAAUCUUCUGUUGGCCUACGGACCAAACAAGGAAGUCAACGUAAACAUCUACUGGGACACCGACGCCAAGGAGUUCAAAAUGGUGUUCACUGGAGGCAACAACGCUAUCAAUGCACAUUCAAUGAUGCGAGAUCAGCUGCAGGCUCAUCUGAACCACAACUACGAUCUGGCUCAGAUCGUCAAUCUACUUCACGAGACGUACCAACCGCUGUCGUCCAUUGCCAAACUCCCAAUCAUACCGCAUCUGGCAAUACUGCAAAAUCCCAAGGUCCCGGUCCUAUCAUUCUGCAUCAUUCCGCAAUCUCCCACUCUGCUGAGGAUUUCCUUCCAGGGAGUCUACUGUCUGGAGGUGCGCCUUCGCGCAAGUGGUCUCUGUUCGAUCCGAGACGGUGCCUACAGCCGAUUCGAUCGCAGUCACGUAGUCGAGGAAUUUACCCCUACCCAAGGACUGAAAGGUUUCCUCUCCAAAUACGUCGACGAGUCCGCCGUCUACCGGCGUCGGUCUCAAUCGGAAGACGACAAUCCACCGUCGCCCAUCACCAUGGAAGACCCUCAUGGUGGUCCAGCCUCCGUGGGAUCGACCUUCCUCAGCGGAAGUGGUAUGCGUGGCCCGCAAAGUCCACGCGACCCGGGACUUCGUUUCGCAGCACCCUUGACGCCUCCCUCGGGAUCGAAUCCGCACACGCCAGCUUCGCCGCAUCCGCAGGGAAUGGGAGGCGGUCAGAGUCAUCCGAACUUCAACAUGACUUCCCCACCGGCUCCGCAUAUGCCGCAUCCAUCGCCAAGUGGUGGCUUGAUGCCGUCGUCUCCGCUGAAUCCACAACCCAGUCCGAUGGCGGCGCAUUCCCCAGGACCGUCCAACCUGCCCUACAUGGGCCACACGGAUAGUCCCUUCAGUGCACACUCACCGGCGGCAUCCAACUGGCCCGGUUCGCCGGGAAUGCCGAGACCUUCGCCCCGGCCCGGACAGAGUCCUGACCAUAAGGUUCAGACACCCCAUCACAACACUUCGCGAGUGCUUCCGGCACGUUCCUGGGCUGGUGCCAUUCCCACUCUCCUGACGCACGAAGCCCUGGACACGCUGUGCCGCGCAACGUGUCACCCACAGAAGGAAAUCCCCGGACCGGAACUCAGUCCCCUGGAACGCUUCCUCGGAUCGGUGUUCAUGCGUCGGCAGCUUCAACGAAUCAUUCACCAAGAAGAUAACCUAACGGCCAUCACGUCGAAUGAACCCGGAGUGGUGCUGUUCAAAGCGGACAACCUCCAAUACCAGGUGUUCCUGAAUCCCAACCACAUGCAAUCGCUGCACAUGAAGAUCAGCCAAGCACCGAUGGCUCCCACCAUGGACGGCAAACCGCCAUACCAAUGGUCACCAGAUGAUCUCCAGAUCCUGGAGCAAUUCUUCGACCAACGGGUCGCUGCUCCACCGUACCGCCCGGCCGUCGUAACCAGCUUCACCCGUAUGCUGAACCUCCCGUCGCAGGUGAUGAAAGAUUUCAUCCAAAUAAUGCGAAUGGAUUUAAUCCCCGAUCUGGGUCAGGGCAACAAAUGGAACGUGCAAUUCAUUCUCCGUAUGCCACCGUCCGGAACACCGAUCGUUCCCGUUGGAACAACCACCAUUCUUUCCCAUCGUCAAAAGAUUCUUUUCUUCAUCCAAAUAACACGUAUUCCGUACCUGCCCAACAUGGAAUGGAAGGACUCGGUUACCAUGGUACUUCCGAUGGUUUACGAUAUGACCGUUAACCACACCUCGCUGGCGGAACGGCGCGAACAGGUGAUACCGCAGCUGACCAGUGCCGUCAGUGCCCAUCUGCGGCGGUUCGUCGAGUGCACCGGUCUCCAGCAGGGUGAAUGCUCUCUCUUCCCGGCGGUACGCGAUCUGCUCAUGAACCUAACCCUACCAAACGAACAACCUCCACCGGGACAGAUGGCCAAUCAGAUUGGAGCGAUGGGUGCCAUGGCACCGGGAGGUCCGGGCCCCGGCCCUAUGGGAGGCCAGAUUGCACCGUCACCGGUGGGAGCCCAGGUUGGAUCGAGUCCGAAUCCGAUGAUGCACUCACCUAUGCAGAUCGGAGCCGGCGGGCAGCAGGCCAACUACGGCGGAAUGGUCGGUGGAGGUGUACAGUCAGGUGGACCGGGAGGUCCCGGCGCCGGAGGGCCCAACUGAAAUACCCAAUCUGCUAUUGAUUGAUAAGGCUUUGUUUAUAAAUAAGUUACGAUACAGUAACAUACAAAAUCUACAAGUUCUACUCACGGCAGACGAGAGUACAUAUAGGUACAUAUAUCAAACUUAGCAGAAGUAUGAAUAAUCAGAACGUGAUUAAGUGCAUAGAAAUAAAGGAUUAUUCGUAAGUAAUCUUGGAAAUA